CCCCCCCGCUUGAAUCACGGAGAGCGUCACCGGGAAAAAAAAACCUUUUUUUUUUUUGGUUUUUUUCUUUUAUGAGAUUGAGUUGAGUUUCUUUAAAUAACGGUAAUAUAGAAUGAGUGGUAGUUAACAAGCACUUGCUGAGAAGACCCAGAUAGAGUGUCCCGGAAGUUUUCGGGUGGGUUUCUGAAUAGUCAAGCUCCAAGUUGAUUCUCCUGAUGAGCAGAUAGGAGCGCCCAGAGAAAGUUUUAGCUUGGGGCCAAGCUGUAGAACCAAGAGAUACUUGUUAGCUAUGGAUGAUUAUACUGAUGAAGCUAAAGGUGGAUCAUAUUUUGCGGAAGCAGCUUUUGAGAAACUCUACUCACUUGAAGGCUUCUCCACUAAGGAACAUGAUACGCAAGAGCUGGAUGUUUUCUUGCAAGCUUUAGCAGAAGUUGACUUUUGCUUAGCAUAUUCUUCUGAGAAGCUGAUGAACUUGCAUAAAUUGCUUAUCCAUCUGUUGAGCCAGGAAAACGAUCUUGAAGCAGUGGAUUUAAAGAAUAACUGCAUCUCAAUAGACUUCAUUGAAAAGGCAUUUGCAUUUGAUAUUUUGUUAGGCAUAUUAGAUUCUGAGGUAAGAGAGCUGGACAAUUUCAUGGACACUCUUCAAGCUGAAAUAGUUGAUGCUCGUCAUAAAAUGCUUUCAUGCAGAGAUUUGAAAUUUCCCUUCACAAUGGAAGAAAAAUUGCAUGACUCUGAAGAGUCUGUGAAGGAUUUUCAGCAGCAAUUGUUGGAGUUGAAGAUGCAGUCAUCCAUAUUACGGAAAACCCUCGAGGCUUUUCAACAUGAGAAUUGGGAAACAGGGAAGGGUAUGAAUUUAUCAGAAAAUGGCCAACUGACCAAUACUAAAGUAGAAUCAAAUGAUCAGAUUGUUGAGCAGCGAAGAUAUAUUCUUCGGAUGCUAGAGAAGUCUUUAGCAAGGGAGGUAGAUCUUGAGAAGAAGGUAGCAGAAUCAAGAGAACAUGAAGAUCUAAAAUUGAAACUACACUACACAGAACAAUUAUCAAUGCGCAUGGAAGAAGCUGCAGAAUUUGUUUGGGGAAGAUUUCUAGAGGCAGAAACUGCAGCUGAGAUGCUCAUGGGGAUUUCUAAAGAUCUGAUGGGACGUCUCCAGAUAGCUGAGCUUAACCUAAAUGGUUCUACUCAACGAGAAAAUGAGUUGAAAUUAAAAGUUCAAACUUGCAUAGAAGGACUCAAGGAUAAAGAUUCUUCUCUAGAGAAGCUUGAGCGUAUUAAUGCUGAGCUCAUGAAGGAAAAUUCUGAAGUGCAAGUUUUGAGGGAAAAGGUGAAAAAUCUUGAAGAAGAACGAAAAGAAUUCGAACUCCAUCUAUCCGCCGUAACUUCUGAGAAUGAAACUAAUCAAGAGCAUCUUAUUGAAAUGGAAAAUCAUAUUGAGUCAUUGAAAGAAAGCAUUUAUACAGCAGAAACUAGGGCUGAGAGUGCUGAGGCGAAGGCUACACAGUUAACUGAGACUAACUUGGAACUUACUGAAGAGCUGCAUUUUCUUAAAGGCAUUGCUAGUAAUGCAGAAAAAAAGGUGGGUUCACUAGAGAAGCAAAUAAGGGAAUCAGAGAUUCAACUACAGAAUGCAAAGGCAUCGUCUGAAGCUAGCCAAGAACAGCAGAAAAAGUUAUACUCAGCAAUAUGGGAUAUGGAAUUAUUAAUUGAAGAGCUAAAAUCAAAGGUAUCAAAGCCGGAAAGUAAGACAGAAAGUGCAGAAGAGCCUUGCAUUGUGUUAUCAGAAACUAAUGAAGAACUAAUUAAAGAAUUAGAUCUCCUGAGGUCUAGAAUUAAAAGCUUGGAAACAUCUUUGGACCAAGCUAACAAGUCAAAAAUUUCAAGUGCAAAAGAAAUCAAUGUUAGAACCAAGUUUAUCAUGGAUAUGGUCAUGCAAUUAACCAUCGAAAGGGAACAUGUCCAUAAACAGUUAUGUACUUUAAAAAUAGAGAACAGAAGUUUGGCAGAAAAGCUAAAGAAUAUGAAAAAGGAUGUCCCUCUAGAUUCCUGCCACGUUGGAUUAAAUAAUAGCAAUGAUGAUCAAGCUUCUAACGUUGACUCAAGCAAUGGUAGCUGUACAAAAUCAUCUGAUGAAGAAGGAAAAGAUAUUUUAAAUCAAAAUUUUCAGGUGGAUGAACCAUCCGAAGAUGCAAGCUCUGAAACUAAAGUAGAAUCUUCCAUUCCAUCAGAGAAGUCUGGAAAAUUUGGCACCUUAGCAUUUUUUUCAAUGGCAAUUAUUGUGCUACUGGCUUCUUUUUUAGCCACCUUCUUGUUUGAUAAAGAAACCUUACAAUUUUUGAGAACAUUUGAUGGUUAAGUCAUGACUUGAUGACUUGACCAUUCAAGAAAUUUGCUUCUUGUGCUCUUGUGAAGUCAUUUCACUUCUGUAUUGUGUGUUCAUAUAUUUAUGUAGCCAUAGUAUUGGUGUAAUUCAUUGUCACAA